AUGGCCUUAACUUCUAUUUUUGAAUCAAGUUCCGGUGAGCAACGAUGGAUCACCGAAAUCAACGAGAUUUUGGAAAAAGAGGUGAAGGUCGCAAUUGACCUCCCGGUUUCCAUCUUUCGAGUACCAGCAACGCUAAGUGUUUCAAAGCCCAAGGCCUAUACGCCACAAGUCAUUGGCCUAGGCCCGUACCACCAUUUUCGACCCGAGCUCUAUGACAUGGAGAGGUACAAGCUUGCCGCGGCAAGCAGGCUCGAAAAAGAGUUUAGAAGUCUUGAAUUCAAAAAGCUUGUUAGUGGGCUUAGCGGGCUUGAAGAUAGAGUUCGUGCAUGCUACCACAAGUACUUGGAUGUCGAGGGGGAAACCAUAGCUUGGAUUAUGGCCAUCGAUGGGCUUUUCUUGCUCGAGUUUCUUUGUCGUUAUAAUUCGUCCCGUUCAAUUACCACAGCCCAUUUGGUCGACUCCACUGGGAGGAAAUUGGCCCACGAGGCAGUCCUCAGUGACGUACUGAUGCUGGAAAAUCAGAUUCCGAUCUUGGUUCUAAGCAAGAUCUUGUCCAUGCAACGCCCAUCGCAUCUUGAAGUGGCCGAUGAUUUGUUUCCUUCCAUACUGAUGGAUUUUUGUAAAGUGCUUUCUCCGGUCAAAACCCGGGAGGAUCUCAUUUUGUCUGAAGUGUCCGAGAAUGCUCAUUUAUUGGAUCUUCUGUACCAUUUGAUCAUCGUGCCCAGAUUGGAUGGACCUGCCGAACCAUGCAACAUACAAUAUGGGGAAAGUGAAGAUGAAAGCUUUGACAAAAACCCGAGCUUGGAUUCAAGUAAGUUUAGUCAAGUUUUUGCGAAACUUUGGAGCAUGUUAUCGAAACUACACUUAGGGUUCAUUAGUCGAAUCACAACACUGGUUAAGAACAUAGUUGGUGUGUCUGGAAAAUUUAUUUCCUCGGUAUCAAAAAGUAAAGAAGAUAUCGAGCCCGGAAACGAGGUCUCCCAUGAGGAAACAAAAACUCCCAAAGUAGAAGAAAUCAUGAUUCCCUCGGUAUCCCACCUUUCUUAUGCCGGGGUGCAAUUCUGUCCAGCCACCGGUGGAAUCGCGACCAUUAAGUUCGAUCAGAGAACCAAGAAAUUCUACCUCCCAGUCAUCAGCCUUAACGUCAAUUCUGAAGUUAUAAUGAGGAAUUUAGUGGCAUAUGAAGCCUCAAUCGGGUCCAAAUCACUUGCUUUCACCCGAUACAUAGAGCUAAUGAAUGCGAUUGUAGACACUGAUGAAGAUGCAAAACUGUUGAGGGAAAAGAAAAUCAUCGUCAAUAGUCUCAAGAGUGAUGCCGAUGUUGCACUACUUUUCAAUGGCAUGAGUAAAUGUGUUAGGCUCACGAAUGUGCCGUUGAUUGACAAGACGAUUGAAGAUGUCAACAAGUACUUCAACAACACGAGUGCAGUUAGGGUUUACAGGCGGAUGAAGAACUUUGUGUAUGAUUCUUGGCAGAUUCUCACAAUGCUUGCAGUUGGCUUGCUAAUAUUGCUGAUGGGUGUUCAGUCGUUUUGUUCUGUUUAUAGUUGUCCUAAACUUUUCAACACUCUCAGUUCGGAUUGA